UUUCCGCCAAACUGCUACUUUCACUUUUGGUUCUCGCCUCUGAGCAAGUGAAAAAUAAUCUACCCAGAACCAAACAGUAUUACUCAACAGCCUCUCACUGCGACAGGUGUUUGACACAGUUUUAGCGAAGGAAUCAACGUUAAUUCUCAAAUACAAUUGCAGCACAUGAAUUAGGACUAGGACUAGGGUAAUUUUCAGGGACGUCAUUGGUCAUGUUUCUUCAAAAGUAUAAACGUAGGAGUGAUGGAUGUGUCUCCGAGCAUCUGUUAUUAUUCACUCUGUUCGCAACAGCUUGUCAAACUGGAGUAGUCUUGUCACAGAAUGCCCCUGGUCAUUUGGGAUGCUACAGAGACUGUGAAGGUCUUCUCACAUGUGCUCGUGUUCUACCUUUCGGACCUGUACGGAGCAACUCUCAAUCUGUGGAGUGGUGCUUUCAGCAUUGCCUAGAUAGGCGCGCAUCGAGCUACAGGUACGCAGGUCUCCAAGUCGGAGAUGAAUGCUUCUGUGGAAAUAACGAAGACUACGACAGACUAGGCAAAGUGGAUGGAUCUCAGUGUCACGAUCGGUGCAGAGGAAACAACAACCAGAUCUGUGGAGGCAUCAGGCGGAUCUCAAUAUACGAAAUAUUGCAAGGAGUGUGUAGUAAUGACAUAGGACCACCCACCAACGGAGCCAACGACAUCACCAACCCGCGUUCACUGUCCUUUAAUCUCAACAACUUCAAGUUCUUCGGGACUCGUGUAGAUUUCUCCUGUGACCCCGGAUAUACCCUCCAUGGAGCAUCCAGCAUUGAAUGCAUUGAGACUGGCUACAACAACGUCACUUGGAGUGACUCGGUACCCACCUGCGAAGAACCAACGACAGUAGUGCCUUCCGUUGGAAAUACGAAGCCUACUAGUACUAGGCCCACGAUAACAGCUGAUGUGGUGACCGAGGGGGCAUUUAGAAGCAACGAGCCGUUGGAUGUUGGAGUCGUAGUGGGACCGUUGGUGGCGGGCUUCAUCGUUGUAUCGGCAGCUCUUGCACUAUUGAUAGUUUGUAUUAGGCGGCUUAAAAAAGGAGUGUACAACCACCUGGUUAGUAAUGAAAGUCACACGCCACCAAGCCAUCUUUCGCAAUCUCUGCGUUCGGAAACACAGGAACAAGUUUGUACAAUACAGAGAGAUGAACAACUUCCAGAUGUGUCUUUGGGUAUUUUGCCAACAUCGACUGCGAAUGAAAACCCCCCUGGACACGAGAUCCAAACUGCGCAUGCUGUCUACCGCAACGUAGGCCCCAAUCUCUCGUUCCCACGAAAACUCGUAAAAAUCGAGAAAGAGAUUGGUCGAGGUGCCUUUGGGAGAGUGCUGCUGGGCACCGCACUCGGGAUCAAGGAAGCUGGCAAAAGAACCAAAGUUGCAAUAAAAACAAUCAAAGAGGGCGCCGACCGACAGGCGAAGCUUGAGAUGCUGGAGGAGUUGCACGUCAUGAAAAAGAUUGGUUCUCACCCAAACGUCGUCAGAUUACUCGGCUAUUGCAUAGAGACAGAUCCCAUCUAUCUCAUCGUGGAGUACCUGAGUAAGGGCGACCUCAAGAAAGUCCUGAUGGGAUACAGAGUCACGGAUCCUGGGACCGGCUAUGCCAACAUUUCUGGUCCGAGUCAAUCACUCUCGUUGACCUUGGUCAAAUUCGCCAGGGACGUAGCCAAUGGAAUGGCAUUCUUGGCCUCGCAAAAGUGCAUUCACCGUGACCUGGCAGCCCGUAACGUACUGGUUGGUGAAGACAUGGUCUGCAAGGUAUCUGACUUUGGACUCGCUCGUGACGUCAUGAAUAUUAGAGUCUACCACCGAGAAUCCAAGAAUCCACUACCCAUUCGCUGGAUGGCACUGGAGUCCUUAGUUGAUGACGUAUACACAAUAGAGAGUGACGUAUGGUCUUUCGGGAUUCUGAUGUGGGAGAUCGCAACACUUGGUGCCCGGCCAUACCCACACAUCAGGACUAGCAAAGCAAUGCUGAACCAGUUGAGUAGAGGCUAUCGCAUGUCCAGACCAACAAACUGCAAGAAACAACUAUAUUCCAUCAUGCGUAGUUGCUGGCAUAAGAAUCCGAAGGAAAGACCAACGUUCCAAAAUGUUGUCGAGAAUCUGGAGGCUUUGCUCAGUCAGGAAAUGGAGUGCAUAACUGUUGGAAACAUUGACAAAGGUAUCUACGAGGUCCCAAGUAUCCUGGAAGACAACGAGAAACUGUGAAACAAGAAACUGAGGGAUGUGUGUAAUAUUCUGGGAAUUAAAAAAGG